AUGCUGUGUAUGAUCAGCAAGUCGUUCGGGAUCACGACAAAUAAAACGUUUGUUAUUCUGUUCUUCUUUGUUAGACUAUAUAUGGAAUACUGUGUGCAGGCCGGUCUUUCAUGCUUGGUCUGCGGCAAAUUGAUUCUCAGGUGUGUUCUCCGGAUUGGCGUAAAAUUGGUGUACGGGUUAAUGCAUCUGUUUCAAGUUGCAGAUGUUCUCGCUAUGCC